AUGAAUGAUCGCCUUCGGGCGCACCUUGCCAGAAAGGCUUGCACACGAUGUAGGUCCCAGAAGAGGCGAUGCGAUAGGGCUACUCCUGAAUGCGGGCUAUGCCGGAGACGGGUGAUAUCAUCUCCAAGUUCGACACCAUCGUCCUCAGAGCUCCUCUCUGAAACGUUUGAUCCGGGCCAUAUCAAAGACGCUAUCGCUAAGAAACUCAGAUCAGCCCCCAGCGAUAUUUUUUCGACAUACAUCCGAUCCAUCCAUCCUUGGUUUCCUAUUAUCGCACAAACACUACAGGAUCAGCUCCCGCCAUCUUGGAACGAAGCUUCCCUGGAUUACACGCUCCUUGCCCUCUGCAUUAGUUUGCUUUGUACUUUCCCGCCUCCCUCUUCAGGAGACGGGACUCUAUCUGAACUUCAGUCCGCGUACCUACAUGCCAAGAGCUGGAUAGCAGUGAUCGAAGGACUCGGUAUCACCUCGUUCAAGAUCGUUCAAGCAAGGACUUUGAUCACUCUAUUCGAAGUUGCACAUGGCUUCUACCCGGCAGCUUACAUCUCUAUUGGGACUACUGUCAGAGCUGCCGAUGCGCUUAAAGUUCACCCUGACUUAUAUCCAUCAUCUUCAUCCUCUACUACUGAUGAGUCAGAGAGAGAGGAGGCUGUACUAAUCGGGUGGGCAAUCCGUAUUCUGGACAGAUACGUAACAAUACAAUCUGGACAUCAUCCCUCUCUCACUCGCUCUCUCACCAAGGAUGUCCAUGAUCCCAACAAAACCUCCUGGCCCACCAGGCUCGAGAAAGACACAAGGAGCCCUCUCUGGCGACUCUCCCGUACCUUCGAAGCGUCCACACUUCUUGAUAACAUACACAACGUGCUACACAACCCCACUUCAGAACAAGCAUUCAACGUGGAAGAAAUAGGGCUUUUGGUGGAGACGUCAUAUAGCCUCCGCACGCUCCUAAUAGAAGAGGUUGAAGAUGCGGACGAGAUAUACUCCGGCGGACUAGGACUUUGUGAUACUGGCUUACUCCUGGCCUACGAGAACGGUACCAAAGCUCAGAUCACCGAUGGACAAACUUUCACUUGCCAAUCACUUGCCACAUCAUCUCUAAACUCCAUUCUCACCACCAUAACUGACACGGUCUACCCCUUUGUCAGUGGUACACGAGCCAUAGACUUGGACCGCCUUCCUCCAUUUAUCACAUUUCUUGUGUACAAAGCGGCGGGCCUGGUGACAGAGAGGAUGUGGAUGGAAUUUGACUCAACUGAGGCAUUGAGAAAGUUACGGAUUCUUAGAGAAUUCUUAAAAAUGCCGCACGAGCUCCCAGUCGAUGCCAGACGCCUAGAGCGGGCUCGGUCGGAAUGGCUGGAAGUCGACGAUCUGCGAAAGCCUGUGAACGCUGCCGAAACACCAAGCGACGCUGUCGACCCCCAUAUCCGUGUACAGCAUGUGUUAAGCAUGGCCAAAGCUGCGUCGUCCGAGAUAGGGCAAGGCCCAAUCGUGCGUCGAGGCAAACGAGCGCCUCAAUACCUCAAACACACAACUAUCCAGCUGCAUUUCAAGGUUCUGCAAGUCGAGAUUCGUUUCAGUCAUUUGGAGGCGAUGAAGCGCCCAACGUUCAACACCUAUCGCAAGCAGAGGCACAACCAUCUCGUAACCCACUAUGAUUUCACAUGUCAUCUCAUCGAGCCACGGCGUUCUCGCCUCAACAAGGUUGUCCCUCCAAACCUGCAACCACAAGCGAACUCGACUACGGUUCUAUCAGACCUAGAUCUUCAAAAAAUACAACACAUGAUCGGUUCUAUGGAGCAGCUGAAAGACACACCAAUCGACCUCGUCGACUUGUCCCAAGUCCAAUCUUCAAUAGCCUCCUUCUUCAUGGACAGUUCGGCAGACACUACCAUAGAAAAAAUCGAUGUCGGGAGCACCAGCGCUCGCUUAGAUGGCCUGGCUCUUGCAUUUGCUGCUCUUGCUUUUUCUGCUCUCAUAUAUAAAGCCUUCAAUGAGAGCAACUUUGAAGUCCCACUGGCAUUUCUCGAGCUGUCAAUGAAGACUGCCGAGGACUACGUCGGCCCACCAACGCUGAAUCUAGUCCUUGCGAGUUUUCUUCAGCAUAUUUGUGUGCUUCGAACUGGGACAUCCAAUCGUUGUCGAGCGUUGAUUGCCCAAGCUGUGCAGGCAGCUCAUGAUAUUGGCAUUAACAGGUGCGGGUCGAGCCAUAACCCGCUGCACACUGCCAGGCUUUAUUUGGCGCUGUAUUUUACGGAUCAGUACUGCGCCAUGACAUAUAAUACUGCGCCAUGCAUCAAGCCAACCGAUUACGAUCCUGUUAUCUUCGAACCACUCCGACAAGCCACCCCGGAGCUCAAGAAUCUAGUGGAGCUAGUGACUUUAAAUGGAAAAGUACUGGACGCAAUGCACACUUCUUCCUUGAAUUACGACAACGUCAUCAGCCUAGAAUCUGUCAUCGGCAAGGCGUGUUUCACCCUUGGCCAGCCGCUUCUCAGCAAUGCGCAGGAGGAGAAAGGCUUCGAAGCACGCUACGCCAGCUUGGCCCAAGUUCACAUGUUCUGGUCCCGCAUCAUGCUUCGUACACCCUUCCUCAUGUCCAACGAACACUGGUUGUCGUCGCUCAGUAUCUGCAUCCGAGCAGCGCAGAUGCUCCUUUCAAUAUACUUCGACGUCCUCGGCCCAUCAAUCCUGGCAAUAGCGAGGGCAGAUUCUCCCGCAACUGAUCGACUGUGGAAAUGUGCUCACAGAUCCAAUCAGUUGCCACCUACUUGGCGCCAAGUACGAAGAAUAAUGACAUCGGUUUUGGUUCUCUUCUAUGCCUUUUGGUAUGGUGAGGUCUCAUACGACGAGGCCGGCCGCGCAAUUGCGUAUGCCUUGGCACUUCUGGAAUUUGAGCGAAUGAGAUGGGGCGCUGCGCUCAAUGAUUCUAGGCGAUCAAUCUUGUUUCUGGCGGCUGCCAGUGGAAUCAACUCUAUGGAGUACAUCAAGUGGAUUCUACCAGGGGCAAAUGAAGGCUUCAUCGCCAGCGUGCUAGAUGUGGAUCAUACCCAGGCACAAGCAGACCCCACUAUGGACCAGCAAGCAGAUGAUGGUGGAUCAUCCGUCCUUCAGGAUUUGGAUAGCGAGAGCUUUGGAGACUUGCUCUCCCCUAAUUCUGUAUUCUCCGGCGUUUUUCCGCAUACAGGAUGGGACUUCGAAAGCCUAUUUAGCGCCAAUUUGGGAGGGAUGGGAGACUUAUAA